AUGUCUUUCCUCACGAGCUCCAUUCGUGCCAGCUCCCGCCGAGUCGUGCAAUCCACCUCUACCCUACCUUCGAUCUCCGCUUUGCACACCUCAACACCACGGUGGAGUCUCAAGGAAAGCGAUAAAAACCGCGAUGACCUGCCAAACAUCUACGAAAUACAGCGCGACCACCAAGUCAAGACCGGCAAGGAAGGGAAUGCGAAGUGGAACUCCGACCUGGCGAGUAAUAGUGAAGCAGAUAUCAAGGCAGAUCGAGGUGAAGUCGACUCUUCGGAUAAGAGCUUCCAAGAAAUGCAGCAGAAGAUGAAGAACAUCCCGACCAGAAAGUAA